AUGAAGGCUUUUAUUACAUUCCUUUUCUUGACUGCUUCGGUUCUUGCGGAACCGAGCAAAGUCGUUCAAAAGCGUAGCGGUCUUGUCGGCCAUUAUGGAGGCGCUCUGAUCUCACACGGCAUAGGAGGUUAUGGCUAUGGUGGUGGCUUAGGAUACGCUGGUGGAUAUGGUGGAGGCUUUGGAUCAGGCAUCGCAUCUGGUUUAGCGUUAUCCUCGGGAACGAUCGUUGGAGCUGAUGUCCACACUACUGUUACGAAGCAUAUUGGGGUACCCGUUCCAGCUCCAUACCCUGUUGCUGUUGACAGACCAGUGCCUUACCCUGUUAAGGUGGCCGUCCCUGUGCCUGUAGACCGUCCUUACGCUGUCCCAGUCCCAAGGCCUUACGCUGUCGCCGUAGAGAAACCAGUCGCUGUGCCAGUCGAUAGACCCGUGCCAGUGCCUGUACCACACGCUGUCCCUGUACCCGUUGUUAAACAGGUCGGAAUACCCAUACCACAUCCGUAUCCAGUCGCUGUUGCCAAACCAGUAGCAGUACCAGUGCCACAACCCGUAGCAGUACCUGUCGUCAAAUCCAUCAUCGGCGGUGGCUUAGGCGGUGGUAUCGCUUCUGGAUACUACGGUGCUGGAAUACACGAUGGAUUCCACGGUCACGGCUAUCACUCCAAAAUCUGGUAGACGUUCAUAUAGGACAGUUGGUUAUUUGAUACAGGAGCAGAUGCUAUGCAAUAGAAACGAUUACUUAUUUUAGGUCUUGAUGAAAUAUUUGUCCAACUUUACAACGAUGAUAAACUUGGAUGAAUCGUCCAGUUUUCGUGCGACGAAUGUAAAAUCUCAAAGAAGACUGUGUGAGAAAGAAUUAUUGUGAAUGAUUUCUUUUAACCGACUGUCAAUAACAUAUGUAAUGGCAUUUUACAUAAGGCUUUAUAUAGUCACGGUUGGUAUCUUGUGAUCUAGAUUAUGUUAGAUUUAGAUGAUGUACUGACAUCUUGUGUUUGGAGCUAAGUCGUGUCGAAUGGGAAGUGCAAUUGCCAAAAGAGGCUUCUACGUAUAAUUAGAGAUAUAUAAAAAUAUUACGACUAAUGUAUGUAUUUGAUAUUUUUUUUUUUUUUUUAAUUGGUCCAAAGUAGCACAGAUAUGGUAUGUAUUUCUUUAUAGAAUUUGCUGUAACUAAUCACAAAAUAUUUUGGAGGGCCUGAUUUUUAUUAAAAACGUAAAAAUUUAGACGUAUUUAUUAUGUUAUAAUAUAUCGUAUGCUAUGUGCUAUGUAUGCUUUACAAAUCGAUACGUCCAUCUUGAUCUCCUGGCAAUAAGCGGUGACGAGGCUUCAAAUGUACCUGGGUUUUACUUUUGUAAAUAGGUAUUUCCUAAUUAGAUAAUAAGUUUUGAUGAAUCGAGUUUAUUUCGCCCGCAGUCGAAUAAACACUAUUGAUAUUUUUUUAUAAUAAAUUGUAAUAAU